GACUAUAUUCAUAUUGGAAAUGGUUUAUUUUAUUUUUAUCAAAAUACAAAAAAAAACGUGUGCGAUAACACCCCGUCGCCUGGAUGCGGCCCCUUCUCAGGGGGUGCAACGCUCGCGCCGGCGCGCGCCGUCGAUACGAACGCCGCCCAGCCCGAGCGGCUGCAUGCUCGCGCUACCCCAAAAAAUACCCAAAUUAAAAAAAUCGACCUAAACAGCCAACCACAAAACUAUUUUUUUAAAAGUGUCGUAUCAGGAAUAAUUUGUGCCAGUGACACUGCGAAGUUUUGCUGUGAUAUAAAAAAGGACGGAAAAUAUUUUUUUACUUUUUUAAGGAUUUACGAUUCUGGUGCCAUUGCCAAUCGAUUGCUGUUUAAAAAUGUUUGAGCCAGUGUGAAUUGCGAUAGCUGAAGGAAAAUACGUGAUGUGAAGAACUAGGGGGCUCUUGCGUAACUUGGUCCGCUGCAUCAGUCGUGCGUUGUACACGCGGUGAUGUCGUCAUGGAGGUGGUGCUGCUGGUGGUGUGGGCGGUGGCAGUGACCGGCGCGCCGAACACGACCCGCCGCCGGCCUGACGCGCCUGCGGACGAGCCGCUGCUACCAGACGACGAGGACGAGCUAGCUCACAACCUUGACUACUACGAUGAGGAACGGAUUAAUAUUUCAGAGAGGGGCAGAUAUCUGGGCUCCCCAUGCGAGUUCACGUGCAACCCCAAGCUGCUGCACGUGUACUGCGACCCCACCACCUCCACCUGCGAGUGUGACCCAAAGCACUCCGUCGCGCUCGGCAUCGCCAAGGGCUGCGCUAAACCAAAGAAAUUGGGUGAGCAGUGUUUCUACCGCCAGACUUGUCGUGCGUUCGACGCGCACUCCUCCUGCGUACAAGUCAACCACAACGCGUACUGCCAGUGCGAGCCUGGCUAUCACAGCACCUCGCAUACACGGCCCACGCAGCGGGUCUUCUGUACUGAAGACAUGGUGCUGCUGACGGCGGACAUGCCGACGCUGCUGGGCGUAGCGUCGGGCAUCUUCGUGCUGGCCGGGCUGCUGUGCAUGGUGCUGCACCUCUACACUAAGGCGCGCUACCAUCCCACGCACCUGGCGGACGCGCGCCUCACCCCGCCCUGUCUCUACUCGCUCAACGACACUGGCGGCACGCUGAGCGCGACGCGUGCGUCGUCCCGCGCGUCGUCGCGCAGCGGCUGCACGUCGGGCACGCUGGAGGACGGCGGGGGCGGGGGCGGCGGAGCGGGGUCGCGGCGUGCGUCGCGGCGCGCGGGGGUGGCGGUGUCGGCGUCGCGCGCAGGUGCGGCGCGCACGGCGGCCAUCUUGCUCAUCUCGGCAGUAAGGCGGCACGACGGCGGCACCACAGGCGGCUCGCACCCGUCCCGGUGCGCCGCCAAAGGUUCGCGACGUCCAAGUCUAAGUUCGGUGCAGAGCAGUUCAUCGUCGAUAAGGAGUUACAGCGCGAAGAGGUGGGAGCGGGAGAGGGAGCAGAAGGAGCGAAGGCAGAUGAGCAUGAGGCUUGCGCAGCUGCACGACAAGAUGUCGGCGGGACGGGACAUGCCGAAACAUGCGCCGACGCCGUCUCCGCGCUCGCCAAACAACUCCACAGAUGGACUGCUCCCGUCUGUAUGUGAAAUUAGAGAAUUAAUUUCCAACCCGGAGCAACAGCUGCAGGGCGUGGACGGGCCGUGUUCCAGCUCGUCACUUUACUGACAGCACGCCAGGACGCAGAGCACGCGCCGCUCGCUGGACUCUCUCUCCUCCGACGGCUCGCCCGCCAUCGCCUGGAUGUAGUGAACAAUGCGUGACGCUAGUGUGAGUGCGAUCAUCGAAUAUGUGUCCAAACUGUUCUAGAAUAUUCUAGAUUUAUCGUUUAUAGCACGAGACGACCCCCACAGAAACACCAUAUAGACAUAAAGCAAUAGAUAUAUCGAACCAGUUAAUUCUUGCUGUUGAUAUUCUAAUGUAAGCGCUUUAGCUUCUAGUGAUGCCGUACAGAUGUAGAGCGGCUUGGACAGAUGUUUUCAUCUAAUAACUGUUUUACUUAGAUUUGUCAAAAAAUUUUAAUCAAAUUUAGUGUUUAUUAAAUGAGGUUAUUAUUUAGAAAUAUUUAACAUUAGUAUCAAAUAUUUGAGAUGUUGAAUUUUCUUUGUAAUAUUUUUACUUGUUUUAUCUUAUCUACAGAUUUUUCACGGUCUAAUAAAUUAUUGUAUUGUUAAUGAGGGCCAUAAUUGUAAUGUUAUCGGCUGUUUGAGUAUGCUAACUUUGUACCAAGGGCUCGUACGUGGUUGCACUUUACUUUUCAAAGAUGAUUUGCCAAAGAUUAUAAAUUUCCCAAAAGACAGAUAUCUAGGGGACUGGCACUAGACAAGCGACCGUCAUAUCAACUCUGCAACAGUCAACAUGCAUUAAGAAGUGUGCCAUGCCGUAUCCACAUUAUUGUGGUAUAAGGGCUAGGUAAAUAAAACAGGAAGGUAUAUAUUUGGAUCAUAUCAUUUUAAUAUAUUUUUAGACAAAUUUAUAACUGUUUGUACUGAUUUUGUUUGAAUGACAUAAAUUACAUAACGGUAAUACAUAAACAUUAAACAGUAUAGGUAGUUACUUAUGGUAAUACAAUUCUUUGAACUUCUAAGAAAAUGAUGACUUCAUCUGUCCAAAUUCGCAGUUACAACAAAAAUCUUUUAAAUUCUAGAAACGAUAGAUAGCAAUGUAAAAAAAAGUUUAUUGUAACGUAUUAAGAAAUUGUUAUUUAAAUUCGUCUAUAAUGUAUGUGCCUAUGUGAUGGCACUAAAAUAGAAUGAUAAUAUAUCUUGUGGGAUGUAUGAACGAUAUGAUUGCUAAAAUCGAUGGAAUAGAUAUUUACGUUGAAAAUCAAAA